AGGGAGGCCAGGGUGGGACUGUAGGGCAUGCAGUAUGAUCUGCACCGGCCGCGGUCCUCAGCUAACCUGCUCCCAGGGCAGAAAGCAGACACCGGGGGCACCCAGCUGGCUGAGCUGUCUUCUGGGCUCCCCGGCCCAGCAGAGCUGACGAAGGAGAUUCCUGAGCGUGCGCCUUCUUAUCGGGAAAAUGCUGAGCCAAGAGCUCCUUGCCACCCCUCUCGCAGAUGCAGAGGCCUGUGAACCUUGGACCCAGACAGUUGCUCAACGUUGCUCUUCCUUUCCCUCGGCCCCUCCACCCUUCUUGACUGGACUUAAAUCCAUGGGCCCUUGUCUGGUCUCCCUUUCACUGCUGGCUGGAGGGAGAAACAGACACGUUGAGUCUCCUGACUGGCGCUGCGGGGAACCUGCGCAAUCAGGGCCAGGAAGGGCGAUGCCAGGAGGCUGGUGAAGGCUUUGCUGGCCUCUACCAUGGUUGACGACGGCAAGGGCAAGUACGAAGUGGCCCCCCAGCACGAGGCCGCGGCCUCCCCCGCGGGCGACGGGGCCGGACCCGGGGCCGAGCAGGUGAAGCUGAAGAAGGAGAUCUCGCUGCUUAACGGCGUGUGCCUGAUCGUGGGGAACAUGAUCGGCUCGGGCAUCUUUGUCUCCCCCAAGGGCGUGCUCAUGUACAGUGCCUCCUUUGGCCUCUCGCUUGUCAUCUGGGCCGUCGGGGGCCUCUUCUCCGUCGUUGGGGCCCUUUGCUAUGCGGAACUGGGCACCACCAUUAAGAAAUCCGGGGCCAGCUACGCCUACAUCCUGGAAGCCUUCGGCGGACUCCUCGCCUUCAUCCGCCUCUGGACCUCCCUGCUCAUCAUCGAGCCCACCAGCCAGGCCGUCAUCGCCAUCACCUUUGCCAACUACAUGGUGCAGCCCCUCUUCCCGACCUGCCGCGCCCCCUACGCCGCCAGCCGCCUCCUCGCUGCUGCCUGCAUUUGUAUCUUAACCUUCAUUAAUUGUGCCUAUGUCAAGUGGGGAACACUGGUACAAGAUAUUUUCACCUAUGCUAAAGUAUUGGCGCUGAUCGCGGUCAUCAUUGCAGGAAUCGUUAGACUUGGCCAGGGAGCCUCGGCUAACUUGGAGAAUUCCUUUGAGGGUUCAUCGUUUGCAAUGGGUGACAUUGCCCUGGCAUUGUACUCCGCUCUCUUCUCCUACUCAGGCUGGGAUACACUCAACUAUGUCACUGAAGAGAUCAAGAAUCCUGAGAGGAAUCUGCCCCUUGCCAUUGGCAUUUCCAUGCCUAUCGUCACCAUCAUCUACAUCUUGACCAACGUGGCCUACUACACUGUGCUAGACUUGCAGGACAUCUUGGCCAGCGACGCUGUUGCUGUGACCUUUGCAGACCAGAUUUUUGGAAUAUUCAACUGGACAAUUCCACUGGCUGUUGCGUUAUCCUGCUUUGGUGGCCUCAAUGCCUCCAUUGUGGCUGCUUCUAGGCUUUUCUUCGUGGGCUCAAGAGAAGGCCACCUCCCUGAUGCCAUCUGCAUGAUUCAUGUUGAGCGGUUCACACCUGUGCCUUCCCUGCUCUUCAAUGGCAUCAUGGCGCUGAUCUACUUGUGUGUGGAAGAUGUCUUCCAGCUUAUUAACUACUACAGCUUCAGCUAUUGGUUCUUUGUGGGACUUUCUAUUGCGGGUCAGCUUUAUCUGCGCUGGAAGGAACCUGAUCGAUCUCGUCCUCUCAAGGCUUGCCCUUCUACUUCCUCAUCAUCAGAGUGCCAGAGGAAAAACGACCUCGCUGCCUCCGAAGGAUUGUGGCAUCUGCCACAUGGUACCUCCAGGUCCUGUGUAUGUCAGUGGCUGCGGAAAUGGACUUGGAAGAUGCAGAAGGGAUGUCCAAGCAAGAGGACCGCAAGUCUAACUAAAUACCACCUGGAACCUAAGACAUGGGAGGCAAAGGCUGAUCUCCCACAGGCUAGAGCUAAGGAAGCUGGACAGGAGCACUCCCUUCUUUGGAGGCACCUGUCCAGAAGCCUGGUCUACACAGUUUCAUCUUUGAACUUGCUUUCUAGAGAUGCAAAGUAAUUUAUUUGUUUUGCUACAUAUUGUUCCUGAUUCUGUAGAGGGAUGAUAAAGCAGACUGUGGUGGAGAGCACAGCACCUCUGGGGCUGCCUACCCACUCUUUCUUGGGCCAACAAUGCUCCAUAUGUGUCUCGUUUAGAGACAUGGACCUGUCACAGGUGCUGGACAACAAUAAAAGAGUUAUAUUCCUAAA